AUGCACCUCUUGAAGUUCCCACCGUUUGCUGCGACAUGUCUGGUUCUGGUAUGGACAGCGACCACCCUGGCUGCUGUCAAUUUCGUACCUCCAGGCAACAAAAUCAUGAUUUCAGUCUGGAGUGAUAAUUAUCCUUACAAGGGGCCUUACAAUGAUGAUUCACCGCUUAAAAUUGAUACCCGUACAGGAAAACACUGGCCUGUCUAUCAUAUGGCCCAGAAUAUCCCAGUUAUUGGUGCUGACAUGAGCCCCGCUAAUAUUGAUACCACGAUCGAUUACUCGCUGAUCGAAGCACUAGGAACUGAUGCUAUAUUAAUUCUGGAUCUGUACCCUUACGCACUUACUGCGGGACACGCAUACUCAAAUAUACAAGAUUCUGAUAUUCAAGCUCUGGCCUCGCAAUGUGCUGGUUACAAUGCUAAAGGUCGACGAGUGAUUUUGAGGAUAUUUGCUGAAAUGAAUGGAAAUUGGUAUCCAUGGGCCCAGCAGCCAAUCGAAUUCGUUGCCAUGUAUCGAAAGAUUGCUUUAGCUGUGAGAGCUGUUGCUCCGUUAGUUAGCUUUCCCUUGUCUCCUGGAACAACGGGAGCAACUUCCGCUGCAAAUUUCGCUGCAAUGGACACUAACGGGGAUGGACAGAUCUCUUUCGCAGACAACCCUUAUACUCCAUAUUUUCCAGGAACUGACGUUGUAGACUGGGUUGGAACGAGCAUGUAUUAUUGGGGCCCAUACGACUCCACUGGCAACUAUGGAGUCAAUGCAGCUGUCGAUCCCAACUACUUUGUUGGCUGGAUGACUGGAGCUGGGGGAGCAUUCAACUUUUACAGUUAUGUAGUGUCACUAGGUAAACCCAUUACUCUUGCUGAGUGGGGUAUCCCUUACUAUGUGACGGUGGACCCAGGCGUUGGAGAGUUGGCCAUGAAGAGAGCAUGGUGGUCUCAAUCACUUACGAAUGCUGCAACAAUGGCCAUGUUUCCAAAUGUUAAAAUGUUUGGCCUGUUCGAAUGGCGAAAGUACGAGCCAGGCCUGCGUGACUUUCAGUUCCUCAACACGAGCACGAACGGUGGUAUCGUGACAAGCACGUUCUUGUCAGAUCUUGCAACUACAACCGUUGAAUACGUCUGGGCAAAUUCAACUAUUGUAGCGAGUGCUACUGCCGCUGCUGCUGCCAGCCCAACUGCUGCCACAUCUGUAACUCCAAAAGCUAGCACUGGAAUCAAGAUUGAAUUAUGUUCAUUCUUAGCUGUGGCUGCUGUAGCCAUGACGUUGAUCACAGCUACUUAA